AAUGAAUGAAUCUACACUGAAGCUGUACCAUAACAUGGCUGUAAAGAGCAGCAUAUAAUUUUUCAAAAUAAAUAAAUAAACCCCUUUAUACAAAUUGGCGAUACCUAUUCAAUUGGAAUGGCCCCAGAGAGGGGAACCCAAAUCAUCCAGGGUUUGUGCUACCUUUCAGUGACAAUGAGCUUAAAUAAUCACAGCCUUUAGGGUUUUUUUAAAGAAUGGAAGGAGACUUAAACAGGGCUUUCUAAAACUAGGAAAAAUAGCAGAUAAAAGGGCAGCAGGAUUUCUUUCUUUUAGUGUCCUGAGAAGGCAGGGCUUGGCUGAAGUUGACGGGUGGCUGAUUCAGUACCAAUUCUGGUUGCCCCAGAAGUUGGUGGGGAGGACUCUAAAAGGGUGUUGAGUUCCUUUGUGGCAACUGAGGACCCUUCCACACAGCUGCUCUUUCACCCCCCAAUUUGGAUCGUCACAGACUCCCCAAGGAGGCCAGUGCAGUUCCCCUCCUUUCCAGACCGAGAUGGUCCAGAGGGUUAACCUGAUGUGUCUGUUUGCCUCUCUGCUGCAGCUGCCCUGACCGGGCUGAUUUCCCCUUCAUUGAGACCGAGAGUGAAGCCUCUCUGAGGAAGCUGAAGGAUAAGAUUCAGCAGUGUGACCAGGAGAUCAUGGCACUUCUUGAGGAGAAAGGAGAGCUCUUUGCAGACCUUGUGACUCUUCAGAGCAGCGCAGAAGACAGCCCCUUGCCCUGGGCGAAUCCCCGCACUCUCUUUCGCGUGGAAUCAUCAGACCCUCCACAUGGCGAGAAGCUGAUCCAGGAGGCCAUCAGAGAAGUGGAAGUUCUGAAAGAUCUCAUUGUGGGACCCAGCUGGGAUCGAGAACAGAACCCCAUCCAGACUCCCAAUGGCUGCUCCAGCCCUAACCCCAGUAAUGCCACAAAUGGGGAGACUGGAAACAUCAAUGAUGCUCUUGAGUUCACCAGGGUUGAAGCUGAUUCAAGCCAACGGGAUGGAAAUGGCAACCAGUUGCAGCCAAAAGUAGUGCAGGAGGAGACGCUCCAGCGGCUCAAGAGCCUCUAUUCUCUGCUCCACGGCUUGCAGGGCAUCGUGGCACAUCAGGACACCCUCCUGGCCCUGCAGGCGCAGGAGGCCGGGGAACGGCGGGAAAGGCUGAGCCGCAGCAACUCUCGCAAAGAGGUCUCCUCGGCCGACCAGCAGGCCACGGAGCUCUCGCUGUUGCAGAAGCAGCACGCCCUCCUGCAGCAGGAGCUGAACCGCUGCCGGCAACUUGGCCAAGAGAAGGCCCAGGAGGCGGCUGCCCUGGAGGGCCGGCUGCGGGAGAGUGAGGCGGAAAGGGCGCGGCUGGAGCGAGAGGUGGACGAGGCCCGGAGACAGCUGGCUGCGCCCCGCGUGCCCAUGGAAGCUGUUUGGGUUCGGAAGGGGGCCGAGCCCCGGAGGCGCAGUUUGCCUGCCGGCGAUGCUUUGUACCAAAGCUUCACCCCUCCUCCACAGAACCGUGGGGGAGAGCCGCUCUCACCUGGCUGCCACUCCCUGCACCGGACUUUUUCCAGUGGCCAGCGGGAUGAGGUGGCCUUCCCUGGCAUCCCUGGUCGACUGCAGGAGGAAGCAGAUGAGCAUCUGCAGGUGCUGCUGGAGGAAGAGGGCCUGGGCAACUCCCGGUCUCCCCCUUCCAGCCCCAGAGAUUUCCAGAGGAUGCAGGACAUUCCAGAGGAGGUGGAGAGCAUCCAGGAAUCCAGUGCUGGUGACGGAAACCCCCUGAACAAUUAGGUGGUGCAAAGGGGAGAGCUGCCCUGGCCUGGCCAAAGCCUUUGAGGAUGACCUGCUCUCCUGCUGGACGACUCCUCUUUGAUCAGAACCACACCAGGGGACUUCAGGGACUUGGAUGACCACACCAUGUGAACUUUGGCCUGGACUGUGGUGGGGUGAGGGGGUAGAGGAAAAGCAUGUCCCAGGAGGAGGUGAAGGGCAGGCCAUUGAGUUGCACCAUCCCCAGGGACCACCACUGAUUGGUGGUCGUUGACGUUCGUCACAUGUGAACAAAGGGUUGGGAAUCUCUUCCUUUCUCCAUAUUGCUGGGUUCAGGCGGGUGCAUCUGGGGACCAUAAAGGCCACUGGACUUGGUGUGGUUGGCUGAUUCUGACCCAUACCGCUCCCUACUGUACUUUCAUGCAGUUUAACUUUAUUUAUUUUGGAAAUGGGUGGAAGCUGGCCCAUCCUUAUGGAGGAUAAGUUUUAAAUUAUUAUUUUUAAGUUGUUUCUGCUUUUGUUUAAAUUUUUCAGGGGUCUCUAACGAGUAUUCAGGGCAGAAAGUAGUAAGAUUUCUGGUCAGCCCCUCCACCUCAAAACAGCAAGGAGAAGACCAUUGACCAAGGGGACCCUCAGGGUCCUUGAAUUCUUAUACUAGAUGUGCACCGGUAUGACUCUGGUCAGUUCGGUGCUCUGGACUUGUGCUUUUAGCUUCACAAGCUGCUCUUCUGCUUGUCAGCUUUGUUUAGUUGAGGAGGUUUUCCUUUUUGGAAUUCAAUAUUUCUCUUGAAAUAAGAUGUUUUGACAUACUUCUUGCUCUCCCCCAAGAGACAACUUUGUUACCAAACAUCCAACUCUGACUUGGAGUCCACACUCAUCCUGUUACCUGUGGCAUAAUGGAGAUCUAACUCGUUCCAUUUUUAAGGGAGUUUGGGGGUCUGUAGACAUGCAGAUGUUUCAAGAAUGAAUUCUCAAUACUUGUGUGGAAAUGAUGUAAUAUAUGACUGGUUAAAAUCAGAAGCAUGAAGACAUUUUUUGCAACCUAAAUUGUAGUGAAGCCACAGCAAGAACAAAACUAUUUGUACAUUGUAUUUGUACAUUCUGGGAGAGUGGGAGGAUGGGUGAAAGACCAGGUAUCUGUGUCUUGCAGGAUUGCAGUCCUUAAUAAGCACACCAAACUCAGCCAGCUGUUGGCUUUGUGAAAUGGGACUCCUAGCAGGCAGCUGUUACCAUCCCGGUCUUCCCCACUGUGGAUGUUGCCACAGAGUUACAGUGAAGAAGAGAGGGAUUUUGUGAUGGGCACAGAGGCAAGACAGACCUUGCCUGAUGCCCACCAAGGAAGGAAACAUUUUCUCUCUGCAAGCACCAGGGAUGCGGGUGGUGCAAGGAAGAAAAGAACGUGAAGUUACUUUCCUGGAAUGCGCCGACCUUCUCCAAGCUGCUGCUCUUCACCUGGAUCUAUUGCUGGGCUUUCAGGCCACCGUCUCAGUGUGGAAAUUUAGAUUGUGCUGUGGAAAGUCAGAGUUUUUUAUUGGGGGGGGAGGGCAGGAGCAAAGCCACAGUUUUCAGGUUUUUUUAGUGACAGGUCUUUUUAACCAAAGCUAGUUUUUUUUUCUUUAAAAAAAAUAUCAGGGAAAAAAAUCAGGGAUUAGAAAUUGAGUUUGGAAUUGGUCUGAGUUCUAGCUUGAUUGGAAACAAAGUUAGACAUGAGUUUCUUACACUAUCAUCAAUACAACUUGCACGCACACUGGGCUUAUGGCCCAAGUAUGCCUAGUUGAAACAAAUGCAGAAAAAGGGAGCCCCUCUACUAAUAAGAGAUGGUUUUCAUCACCAAUUGACAGUUAUCGCAAGAGCAAAUUCCCCCAUCAGAAGAAAUUAUCUCUGAAAAUAAAAGAAGGAAGUGUGCAAAUUGCAAAUGGGGUCUCUCUCAUCCUUGUAUGAUUAAAAAAAAUCACCACCUCUCUCUCUAAGAUGCUCCCCUUGUCAAUUCCUUCUCAAUUUCUGCAAGGAAUAAAUGUGUGAAAGGGAGAAACCCAGUUUGAUGAUAGAAAUUGCUCCGUCCCUUCACCUAUCACCCUUCUGAUGGCCAGAAACCCCCAACAACCCUGAAAUUUAUUUGUGGAACUACUGUCCAAUCUGUAUUUCUCUCACUUUAGCCAUUUUUAAAAUUCCUUUUCAACCCUUAAAAAGAGAGAGGUUUUUUUUUAGUAAUAAAAAAAAAUCCUGCUAUGCUGACCAGUAACACCUCUUAACAGAAAAGAUUAAAGAAAGAGAAUGUGCUACCAAGGACUUUUUUUGUUUUUAAAUUAACACAGGAGAGUGAUUUCUUUUUCUUUCUUUUUUUAUAAAUAUAUAUGAAGAUAAAAAAUGGUUUAUUGUUUUCCUGUUGAUUUAACUUGUAAAAGAAAAAGUGGACAAGAAAAGGUGAAUUAAAGAUAUCAAAGC